CUGCCCUGUUGCUCAAUGCAGGGUAGGGUGUAUCCGUCCUCCAGUGCUGCCAGCUCUCCAGAGACACUGCUCUGUACAGACUGUGGUUCUGUCGCUGGGGAAUCAGCCCAUUCUCAGCUCUUCAUAGUCUGUGUCACCAUCUCACCUGCAGAACAUGGAUCAGGCACCAGAGUGCUGGGAGAGAUGGAUAAGCCCCUGAUCAGCCGCCACCGGGUGGACAGUGAUGGGAGCCUUGCUGAGCCCCCCAGUGGGGCCCCUAAAGUGGGCAUUCUGGGCAGUGGCGACUUUGCCCGCUCCCUGGCCACACGCCUGGUGGGCUCUGGCUUCAGCGUGGUGGUGGGGAGUCGUAACCCCAAACGCACAGCUGGGCUGUUCCCCUCAUCAACCCAAGUGACCUUCCAGGAGGAGGCAGUGAGAUCUCCAGGGGUCAUCUUUGUGGCUGUGUUUCGGGAGCACUACUCCUCACUGUGUGGCCUCAGUGACCAGUUGGCCGGCAAAAUCCUGGUGGAUGUGAGCAACCCUACAGAGCAGGAGCACCUCCAGCAUCGCGAGUCCAAUGCAGAGUACCUGGCCUCACUUUUCCCCACCUGCACAGUGGUCAAGGCCUUCAAUGUCAUCUCUGCCUGGACCCUGCAGGCUGGCCCAAGGGAUGGCAACCGGCAGGUACCCAUCUGCAGUGACCAGCCAGAAGCCAAGCACAUCAUCUCAGAGAUGGUUCACGCCAUGGGCUUCAUGCCCUUGGACAUGGGCUCCCUGGCAUCAGCCCGUGAGGUAGAGGCCAUGCCGCUGCGCCUCCUGCCAGCCUGGAAGGUGCCCGCGCUCCUGGCCUUAGGGCUUUUUGUGUGUUUCUUUGCCUACAACUUCAUCCGGGAUGUGCUGCAGCCCUACGUGCAGGAGGGCAAGAACAAGUUCUACAAGCUGCCCGUGUCCGUGGUCAACACCACGCUGCCGUGCGUGGCCUACGUGCUGCUGUCGCUGGUAUACCUGCCUGGUGUGCUGGCGGCUGCCCUGCAGCUGCAGCGGGGCACCAAGUACCGCCGCUUCCCCGACUGGUUGGACCACUGGCUGCAGCACCGCAAGCAGAUCGGCCUGCUCAGCUUCUUCUGCGCCACGCUGCACGCGCUCUACAGCUUCUGCCUGCCCCUGCGCCGCUCCCACCGCUAUGACUUAGUCAACCUGGCCGUCAAGCAGGUCUUGACCAACAAGAGCCACAUCUGGGUGGAGGAGGAAGUCUGGCGCAUGGAGAUAUACCUCUCGCUGGGAGUGCUGGCCCUCGGUACACUGUCCCUGCUGGCCAUCACCUCACUGCCAUCCAUUGCAAACUCACUCAACUGGAGAGAGUUCAGCUUUGUGCAGUCCACGCUGGGCUUUGUGGCCCUGGUGCUGAGCACACUGCACACGCUCACCUACGGCUGGACCCGUGCCUUUGAGGAGAGCCGAUACAAGUUCUACCUGCCGCCCACCUUCACACUCACGCUGCUGGUGCCCUGUGUCGUCAUCCUGGCCAAGGGCCUGUUUCUGCUGCGCUGCUUCCGCCUCAGACUUGCCAAGAUCCGAAGAGGGUGGGAGAAAGACAGCGCAGUCAAGUUCAUGCUGCCGAAUGACUCCAUCCUAACUGAAAAAACAAGCCACGUGUAAGGUGCCUGCCCCCAGUGCAUUAACCCAGGUGCAGGAGGCUCAGCCAAGUCACAGUUUUCUUUUCUGGAUGGUGCAGAGCAGAGUAAAUGUGCACAUGGGUGGUUCCAGGUGGGACUUCCUGUUAGGAAAAUGUGUCCAUUAAUAUUCAGAAUGACACAUGCGUGCGUACGAUUUGCAUGUACAUGUAUUUCAUAUAUAUAAUAUAUAAAGCAGAACUUGAGGUUAUACUUACUUAGCUAAAAGUUGGGUGCCUGAGAUUUCAACUUGUGGAUUUAAAAGCCAGAUGUCAGGCAGCAGUGCACACUAUUGUGACCUUUGCAGAGAUAUAUACACACCUUUUGCAAGAACAGACUUGAGGACCUUGGUGAGUACCGUCCUUUAUCCACCUCCUCCCCUUCCCUUUGGCUACUUUCCCAAAGCUCAAGACGCCCACAGCAUCUUGUGACUAAGUGGUGAGGAAGAUAACAGCUCUGCCUGCAGCUCACCAGGACCCUGGGGCUGAAGAGAGGCCAGUGCACAGGUUCUCCUGGCCCCCUGAGGCAGCAGGAGGCUGAGUGGAGAGGGAAUUAGGGGUGAGCCUGGUCUGUGCCCGGAACCACUAAAGGCUGGGCUUUUUCCAGGUAGAGUUCCCUCCCAGAUAGGAGUUACGGCCUGAAGCUGUUUCACCUGAUCUUCACUGAGCUGGGGAGAUUUUCUUUCCCCCUUAAAAGUCAGGAAUCACCAUGCAGCCUGCAAAUGGUCCUCCUGUGAGGGUGUGAAAUCACCUCCUUGCCGAGCCACUAAUGAAGCUGCUUUUGAGAACAAGUGUAAUUGCUGUCCCUCCAUUAAGCUGGUGGUGAGAACUGCUCGAGCCACUGUGCCUUCUCACCUUUUCCGUUACUCCUCUCAGAAGGCAGGAGAAGGCCCCUUCCCCAUCAGCCCGGGGAGGGCCCCACCACACUCACUGGGCCUUGCAGCUGCACCCCUGCUUGCUGAGGACUGUCUUCACUAGGUUAGCCCUUGGAAAGAUCACAGGGUAACAGGGACCCCUGCAGGUGUCCUGUGCUGCCUCAGACCAUUCGGAAAACAACAAGCUCCAAGCUUCUCCCCAUGGGAAUACAGCAGUCUCCCCUUAUCUAGGUUUGCCUUCCUCGGCUUCAGUUACCCAAAAUCAACUGCAGUCUUGAAAAUAUUUGUCCUGACUCUUUUAAGAGAGACACCACGUUCCACGUAUUUUAUUAUCAUAUAUUGCUACAACUGUUCUAUUUUACUAGUUACUACUCUCUUAUUAAAUUAACCCUUGUUACAGAUCUGUAUGUUUACGAAAACUAAAGCAUAUACAUUCAGGGUUCAGUACUACUGAUGGUUUCAGGCCACCAGUGGGGAUCUUGAAUAAGGAUGGAUGAAGGGGAGGCUGCCAUAGUGCAUCUCAAAACGCUAGGAGGGACUUUUCUGCCAAAGAUACGAAUGGAAAACAUUGCUGCCACACCACAACCAGGGGCCAUAGGACAUCUGUCCUUGGUCCCAUGCCCCCGUCAAUGAUUCACAUUGAAAGUAGAGAAGCAGCUAUCAUCAGCCCAAGAUUCCUAAACCCCCACAGGGCCAGAGGGGACCUGCUACCAAAAAUUCAUCUGUGCAUACACAGGUCCUAUGGAGGCACCCUCUGAUAGAACAGGGAGCUGGGCCAGUGAAGGCCAGCCAGAGAGUGGGGAAGCGGAGGUGCCAUGUGACCCUGGGACAUUCCAUGUACUCAUGUCUCCUGAGAACAUCAGGCUCCUUCUGAGAAAGGAGGAAGCCCCAGUGCAGGGCCUUUCAUUAGGCCAGGGCUGAUGGGGAAAGGCCAUCCACUUCCUACAGGUGUUUCCAGCUGCAACUUCCAGCUGGGUGGCAGGAAUUUAUCUUGAGGCAUAAAUUGGCCCUGAUGAGAGCAUCAACUUUCACUGAAAGGAAGAAGGGAGUUGGAUACUUCAGCACUGCUUGGCAUAAUGAUGGCCCAUGGAUUCCCAUUCCCAUUAAUGGAAACACACACACACACACACACACACACACACACACACACACACACACGUGAUCCCAACCCCAGUGGGUGUUGGCUACCUUUCUUCUCCAGCCUCACCUGCCCAGGGGUGGUUCCUUAUCCCAAAGAUGCUGACAGAGCAAAGGCCAGGGUACUUCCUCCCUUCCCUACCCACCACCUGCUGAAGGUGCUCAUCAGGGCAGGAGGGAAUGGAUGGAGCAGAGGACCUGUCAUGUGCCAGCCAGACAAUCCACUUAUGAAAGGCAGGUGGGCCGCGUGUUUAGCUCUAACCGUGGCUCUUCCCUACCUCACCAGGCAACUGGCAGUAGCAUCCUUAAGACAGCCCCUCGGUAAGCCUGGCAAAGUCUACUUGCCUCUGGGUACAAAAGUGCCUCAACCCACAUACUCUGGGAAUCCUAAAUGCCACAGUCUGAAGUUGGCUUGUAAAAUCUAUGCUAUUGAAAGAAUCCAAGUGUUUUAUUCUUACCUUGUAGAACUUGUCCAAAAAUAAACACUUAACCUGCCAUAA